CCCAAGCUGCUGCCCUGCCUGCACUCGGUGUGCCAGCGCUGCCUGCCGCAGCCCGACCGGUACCUCAUGCUGCCCCCCGUCCUGACCCCCGCGGCCGCCGCCGCCCUCAAGGAACCGCCGCCGGCGGCGCCUCCCUCCUCGCCCGUCUCUUCGCAAGCCUCACCUCUGCACUGCACGCCCAUCGGUGUUAUCCGCUGUCCAAUUUGUGGUCAGGAAUGUGCAGAGAGACACAUCAUAGAUAACUUUUUUGUGAAGGAUACCACAGAGGUUCCCAGUAGCACAGUAGAGAAAUCAAAUCAGGUCUGCACAAGCUGUGAAGACAAUGCAGAAGCCCAUGGGUUUUGUGUGGAAUGUGUAGAGUGGUUGUGCAAGACCUGUAUCAGAGCUCACCAGAGGGUUAAAUUCACAAAGGAUCAUACUGUGAGGCAGAAAGAGGAAGUAUCUCCAGAGGCAGUUGGUGUGACCAAUCAGCGACCAGUGUUCUGCCCUUACCACAAAAAGGAGCAGCUGAAGUUAUAUUGUGAAACCUGUGACAAGUUGACCUGCCGAGACUGUCAGUUGCUAGAGCACAAAGAGCACAGGUACCAGUUUAUAGAAGAAGCUUUUCAGAACCAGAAAGUUAUCAUUGAGACACUGAUCACCAAAUUGAUGGAGAAGACUAAGUACAUAAAAUAUACAGGGAAACAGAUCCAAAACAGAAUUCUUGAAGUGAAUCAGAAUCAAAAGCAGGUGGAACAGGAUAUUAAAGUUGCCAUAUUUACACUGAUGGUAGAAAUAAAUAAAAAAGGAAAAGCUCUGCUGCAUCAGUUGGAGACUCUGGCCAAAGAGCAUAGGAUGAAACUUCUGCAGCAACAACAGGAAGUGGCAGGUCUCUCUAAACAGCUGGAACACGUCAUGAAUUUUUCCAAAUGGGCAGUUUCCAGUGGGAGCAGCACAGCACUGUUGUACAGUAAACGCUUGAUUACAUAUCGACUACGGUAUCUCCUCCGAGCAAGGUGUGAUCCUUCCCCAGUGACUAACAAUACCAUCCAGUUCCACUGUGAUCCUAGCUUCUGGGCUCAGAAUAUUUUCAAUCUAGGUUCUUUGGUAAUUGAAGAUAAGGAAACUCCACCACAUAUGCCCAAGAGCCCUGUGAUGGAACCAAACUUACAGCCACCAGGCAGCUUACCUCCCAACCAGCUCUCCAAGUUCCCAACACAGAUCAGCCUAGCUCAGCUCCGCCUCCAGCACAUGCAGCAGCAGGUCAUGGCUCAGAGACAGCAAGCUCAACGCAGGGCAGGACCAGUAGUUCUACCAAACCCAAGAAUGCCAGGAGCCAUGCAACAGCCUCCUGCUUCUCAUCAGGCACCUCCACGCUUGAUUCAUUUUCAGAAUCAUGGUCCCAAGCCCAAUGGUUCAGCUCUUCCUGCACAACAGAUGAGAUUUCCCCAAAAUCAGACCCUACCAAGGCCAGCAGUAAAGCCCAACCCACUGCAAAUGGCAUUCUUGGCACAGCAAGCUAUAAAACAGUGGCAGAUCAGUAGUGGACAAACUUCAACCACCCCUUCAAGUGCAAGCAGCACAACAUCGACUCCAUCCAGCCCCACAGUCACCAGUGCUGCUGGGUGUGAUGGGAAGAAUUACGGUCCCCCUGUGAUAGAUUUGAGUUCCCCAGUGGGUAGCUCCUAUAAUCUGCCAUCUCUCCCUGAUAUUGAUUGUUCAGGAAACAUCACACUGGAUAAUGCUGUAAGGAAGGAUGGCACUGUAGAGCAGAAUCAGCCAAAACCCCCUUCAAACAGGACUGUGCAGUCACCAAAUUCCUCUGUACCAUCCCCUGGCCUCUCAGGAGGAAUCAGUGUGACAAAUGUACACCCUCCAAUUCGUUCACCCAGUGCCUCCAGUGUUGGGAGCAGAGAGAGUUCUGGCUCGUCCAGCAGGCCACCAGGAGCUGAUUCUACACACAAAGUCCCUGUUGUUAUGUUGGAGCCGAUCAGAAUUAAACAGGAGUCAAGUGUAUCAGACGAGAACUUCGAUUUCCCAAUCGUUGUAGUGAAGCAAGAGACGGAGGAGGAAUCCCAGCCUCGGAAUUCCAUACUUACUUCCUUGCUGCUGGAUACCAAUCACAGUUCCACUUCUGACGAAGCUAUGCUAAGAACAGCUGCACCAGACAGCACGGAUGACCAGCCAGGGGUACUGCAGGAGAGCACAUUCCCUGGGAAAAUAGGAUGGAUGGGCUCCUCCCAUGCUGGCGAGGGCAGAAAAGAGGAUGAUCCCAAUGAAGACUGGUGUGCUGUAUGUCAAAAUGGAGGGAAGCUCCUUUGCUGUGAGAAGUGUCCCAAAGUAUUCCAUCUUUCUUGUCAUGUCCCAACACUGAUGAGCUUUCCAAGUGGAGAGUGGAUUUGUACAUUCUGUCGGGAUUUGUCCAAGCCAGAAGUUGAAUAUGACUGUGAUAAACCUGCUCACAGCUCUGAAAAACGAAAAUUGGAAGACACCAUGGGUUUGGCACCCAUAGACCGCAGGAAGUGUGAAAGACUGCUGCUAUACCUCUACUGUCACGAAAUGAGUCCUGCCUUUCAAGAUCCAGUUCCUCCCACACCUGAUUCAGAAGUGGCUGAUGCUGGCAUGAAACUCGAAGCCUACUUUGAAGAUCUUCUAAGGAAUCUUUAUCCUGAGAGGAAGUUCCCUGUACAGCCAAACAGCCAGAGUGAAAAAGAUAAUCCAGAACUUAAUGAUGACUCAGAUGAUGACUUUGUACAGCCCCGGAAAAAACGCCUCAAAGGAGAAGACCGUCAGUUUCUUAAAUGAGCCACAUGUGUUACGACAGAAAGUUUUUUAAAAACUGAGAAUAUUUAUCACUGGUAUCACUGUUUUGACUUGUAGGGUUGUGAAUAUUUACUAGACUUUCUGCCCCCAACUGAAACACAAAUCUAAUGGAGAUCAAGGCACGUGAAGAGCUUCUCUGAAGUUCAAACCUUUCAUCUCUUUUCUGGAGCAGCUCAAAAAUUGCCAUUUGCGUGGGGUGACAGCUGUUUAACUUUGCUUUGAAGAAGUUUGUAUAGAAUUGAACUUCAAAACAUGACAUGGGUUCAACAUGUGGCUUUCCGAGUUUGAAGAAAAUGUGAUCUCACCAGAUUUUAAUUUUACCAAAGGCAUGUGGCUGGCCAUAAUUUGGUCUCUCUGUACUGUAUUUAACACAAGCCAUGAACAAAGAUGGUGUAAUGUUAUUGUCCUGAAAUACUGAUUGGUAUAAUGAAAGUGUAGUUGCCCCAAAAUAAGUUAUUGGAAAUUUUAAAAUGUAAGGGAAAGGGUAUUAAAAAUAACUUGGAAAAAAAAAAAAAAAAAAAAAAAGAUUAGUUUGUGUAAGAGUUUCUAAUGGAGGAAGUAAAGGACAGAAUAUUUUGGUUUGCACCAUUUUUCUCACCACCAGCAGGAAACAGUUGUAUUUAUGUACUAUUUUGUUUAACAGGUGUCUAAUUGUGAUGUACCUCUGUUUAAUGAAGUUGGUGGGAAAGUCUUGAGUGGAGAAAUAUUUGUUUGCAAAACCAGUCAUUUUUGUGAAUUUUUA